ACAGUCAGCAGCAAGACAACAUGGAGGUGACAGCUUUCUGCAUCCGACUGUUGUUGACUGUGUUGUUGCUGCUGGUUGCACAAGUUGACUUCACUUGUGCUCAAAAAGCUGAUGUAGUUUUUCCUCAGGUUGUUCCAAACAGAGAGCAGCACUUUGAGUAUGAGUCCAUUGUUAUCAGCUGUGAGGGGCUGGAGGGAUUGACUGGAUGGAGAGUGAUGAGGAAGACCAAAGGAUCUGUUAUAACAUGUGCUUCUAGCUGGUCGACAUUAUCAGGACCCUGUCAAAUUAAAAAUGCCUUUCCAGGACCUGACAAUGGAGAAUACUGGUGUGAAACUGGAAGGAAGAAAAGCAACACUGUCAACAUCACUGUCACUGCUGGUUCAGUGAUCCUGGAGAGUCCAGUCCUUCCUGUGACGGAGGGAGACAAUGUGACUUUGUGCUGCAGAACGAAGCAGACGUCCUCCAACCUCAACGCUGAAUUCUGUAAAGACGGCCACUUCAUGGAGAGCAGCUCUACAGGAAACAUGACCAUCCACAGUGUUUCCAGGUCUAAUGAAGGACUCUACAAGUGCAGCAUCUCUGGAGCAGGAGAAUCAGCAGAGAGCUGGCUGACGGUCAGAGGUGAGACACAGCAGUGUUUCAACAGUAUUUGCUCUAUUCUUUUCCAGUUUUUUUCUGAUAAUGCCCUUAUCUUUGUGAAGUUCCAGGUUUUAAAACUCAAAAGAAGUAUUACAAAUGCCAACAGAUUACACAUGUAACUAACUGU